AUGCUCGUCUCCCUGACGGUCGGCAAGGUCGACGCUGGCGUCACAGUGCUGCUGACCCCAGAUAAACGCCUGAUCGAGUUCCCCUCCAUUCUGCUGCCUCCCAACAUUUCCUCCGGCAGCAUCGUGGACAUCACCGUCGCCCGCAACGUCAGCAAAGAGGCCGCUGCCGAAGAGGAAUUCCGCGCCCUGCAAGACCGCAUUUUCCAGUCGUUUGGCGCCUCCGAACCCGCGGCACCGGUCCUGCGCUGCCGCAAUGCGACGCAAACCUCCGUCGUCCUGGAAUGGGACCCCAUCGAGCUCGCCACGGCCGACCUGAUUUCCCUGAGCCUGUACCGCAACGGGCAAAAGGCCGGCAACAUCCCGCGGCCGCUGGAGAUGCACAGCACCAAGAUCAGCGGCCUGGCUGUCGACACCGAAUACAGCUUCCACCUGGUCCUGCGGACGAGUGCCGGCACGCGCGCGAGCGAAAAGGUGGUCGUGCGCACCCACAAGAUGACAGACCUGAGCGGAAUCACCAUCACGACGGGCAUCCUGCCGGCGGCGACGAGGGAGAACUUGACGCGCGCCGUGGAGCGCAUCGGGGCCAAGAUUGUCGACGGGGUGCGCAUCGACACGACGCACUUUGUCACCACCGAGGGCAGGGGGACGGCAUGGGAAAAGGCCGUUGAGAACAACAUUCCCGUGGUGCGUCCCGAGUGGGUGACGGCCUGUGAGCAGAACGGUAGGAUCCUCGGCGUCACCAAGUUCUACCUCGACGUCAUGCGACCGGGGCCUCCCAGCGACGACCAGCUGCCCCCUCCUCCGGCCAAAGACGUGCCUCCCAAAGACACGCCACCACGAGCGUCGCCACCGGCGCAAGACGCAGCUAAUAACAAGGCUCGAGAUAGCAAGUCACCCCCGGCCGACGGGAAGAAGAGCCAGGAGGCGGAAGCAGAGGCAUCUACAAAAGCAGAGGGCGAGUCCAGCUCCCCAGAGAAAGAAGAGGGCGGAGAAGGAGAGACUUCAGAGCAAAAGGCAAAAUCAGGAGAGCAGGCAGAGCAGAAAGUACGGCUUGAGGACGUGCAGGAGCAGAAAGUGGCAUUGCGGCCUGUCGCAUCCCAGGAGGCCCUGGUGGAACAGGUCGAAGACAGCGACGGCGGCGAGGAUGAGUCGAAGCCGGCCUCGCCACCAGACGGAGCGUCGUUUCAAGAAGUUGAGCUGUAG